CUUUCACAACCUCGACUUGCUGACACGCACAUCUGUUGUAACACUCACUCACUCGUCACUCUCCCUUUCCCGACAAUGCCACGAUGAGCGAGUCGCAACAGCUCCUCCACGAGCACCCCGCCUCCGACACUGACUCCGAGCCCGACUCCAGCCCGCCGCGCCCUCCCUCAAACCUCUCUCCAUCGCCCGCCUCCUCACGGCCCUCGUCGACUUCCCCAGCACCUCCCAAUGGCGCCCCAAAGCGGGUAUCCUCGUUCGCGCAACCACGGCCAGAUGGCACGCCGCGCACGCCUAACCGUGUGCGCUUCCAGGAGGAUCCUGUGCGGCCACGCAUGAACGGGGAUGCGCACGGAGCUGAAUGGAUCGAGCUGGAGGGGGAUGACUACCUCGACGCGAACGGGUAUGGAGAUGCGAGGGGAGAAGAGGGGAGAGAACGAGUCCAGCGGCUGCCGUUGUUAACGGGGAUCGAGGCCCCGACCGUGACGCUUGCGGUUGAAGAGUUUGAUCCGGCGGACCACUUGGAGAGCGCGCGGCCGAGAAGUGGCAUGCUGAGCGGGUUCAUGAAUAUGGCAAACAGUAUAAUAGGUGCUGGGAUUAUCGGCCAGCCCUAUGCAUUCCGCAACGCUGGUCUCGUCACGGGCACCGUUCUGCUCAUAGGCCUCACUAUAACCGUUGACUGGACUAUCCGACUUAUCGUGAUCAACUCGAAGCUCAGUGGCGCGAAUUCGUUCCAGGCGACAGUGGAACAUUGCUUUGGAAAGUCCGGGCUAAUCGCCAUAUCCCUUGCGCAAUGGCUAUUUGCAUUCGGCGGCAUGGUAGCCUUCUGCGUCAUCAUCGGCGACACAAUCCCCCGCGUCCUUGACGCUCUUUUCCCCAAACUCGCAGACAUGUCUUUCCUAUGGCUUCUCACAAACCGACGGGCCAUAAUAAUUCUCCUUGUUCUCGGCAUAUCCUACCCCCUCUCCCUCUACCGAGACAUCGCAAAGCUCGCCAAAGCCAGUGGUCUCGCCCUAAUCAGCAUGUCCAUAAUCAUCGUAACCGUCGUAACCCAAGGUUUCCGCGUCCCCGCGUCCUCCCGCGGCCAACUCCGCGGCAGCAUCCUAAUCCAUUCAGGAAUCUUCGAAGCCAUCGGCGUAAUCUCCUUCGCCUUCGUCUGUCACCACAACAGUCUCCUCAUCUAUGGCUCCCUCCGCAAGCCCACCAUCGACCGCUUUAGCCGCGUAACCCACUACUCGACCUCUAUCUCUCUCGUUGCAUGUCUCGUCAUGGCGCUCUCAGGCUACUUGACCUUUGGUGACAAAACCGUCGGCAAUGUCCUCAACAAUUUCCCAAAAGACAAUAUAUUAGUCAAUAUCGCGCGCCUUUGUUUUGGUCUAAACAUGUUGACCACGCUCCCCCUCGAAGCUUUCGUCUGCAGAGAAGUCAUGAACAACUACUGGUUCCCCGAAGAGCCGUACCACCCAAACCGACAUCUCCUCUUCACCACUUCGCUUGUUUUCUCGGCUAUGUCUUUGAGUCUGCUGACGUGUGACUUGGGUAUUGUUUUUGAGUUGUUCGGCGCGACGUCGGCGUGUGCGCUGGCGUAUAUAUUACCGCCGUUGUGUUAUAUUAAGUUGGCGAAGAGGAGUUGGAGGACGUAUGUUGCCGCUGCAGUGGUGGCGUUUGGGUGCGCGGUUAUGACGAUCUCGGUAGUGAAGACGAUGGCGAAGUUCGGGAAUGGGGGUGGGAGUGCGCAAGGUCAGUGUGCUUGACAACACCCCAAAUUCCCCCUUGUUUAAACGGUUGGGCAAGACGCAGAUUUGCUGUGGAGACAAGGGACGCGCGGAACGCAGAAAGUAGUCAACUAGCCGACAAGAUGGGGGUUUUCGGGUUCUGGUUUGGAUUCAUGCAUGGCUCCGGCGCUUUUUCUACUCGUGCGCGAGGAUGUACUUGCAUUGGGUUGGUGGUUGGCGUUUUAGAUAUAUGUUUUAUUCUAGGGACGGGAAAUAGGCUUGAG